UCGCCAGGCGGCCGGGAGGAGCGGGGUCCGCGCGGCGGGCGAGGCGGGGGCGGAGGCGCAGGCAGCUCGAGCGCGGGAGGUCGCAGCAGCCGGGGACACCGCGCGCCGCCGCUCAACAUGGUCGCUGCGCACGCUGCCCAUUCUUCCUCCUCCGCGGAAUGGAUCGCCUGCCUGGAUAAAAGACCAUUGGAGCGAUCCAGCGAAGAUGUGGAUAUAAUCUUCACUCGACUGAAAGAAGUUAAAGCUUUUGAGAAAUUUCACCCAAAUCUCCUUCAUCAGAUUUGCUUAUGUGGUUAUUAUGAGAAUCUGGAAAAGGGAAUAACAUUAUUUCGCCAGGGUGAUAUUGGAACAAACUGGUAUGCUGUCUUGGCAGGGUCUUUGGAUGUUAAAGUGUCUGAGACCAGCAGUCACCAGAAUGAAGUCUUCCCAUAUGUCACCCAAAAUGUACUGCACUCAACGAUGUGUCUGAUGCAAGUGGAUGCCGUGACCAUCUGUACCCUGGGAAUUGGGACGGCCUUUGGAGAGUCCAUUCUGGACAACACACCCCGCCAUGCAACCAUCGUUACCAGGGAAAGCAGUGAACUGCUCCGCAUCGAGCAGAAGGACUUCAAGGCACUAUGGGAGAAAUAUCGACAGUAUAUGGCAGGACUUCUGGCUCCUCCUUAUGGUGUUAUGGAAACGGGCUCUAACAAUGACCGGAUUCCUGACAAGGAGAACACACCUCUCAUUGAACCUCACGUUCCUCUUCGUCCUGCUAACACCAUUACCAAGGUCCCUUCAGAGAAGAUCCUCAGGGCUGGAAAAAUUUUACGAAAUGCCAUUCUCUCUCGAGCACCUCACAUGAUAAGAGAUAGAAAAUACCACCUGAAGACAUACAGACAAUGCUGUGUGGGAACUGAGCUGGUGGACUGGAUGAUGCAGCAGACACCAUGUGUUCACUCCCGUACUCAAGCUGUUGGCAUGUGGCAAGUCCUGUUAGAAGACGGUGUUCUCAACCAUGUGGACCAGGAGCACCAUUUCCAAGACAAAUAUUUAUUCUAUCGAUUUCUGGAUGACGAGCACGAGGAUGCCCCUUUGCCUACUGAGGAAGAGAAGAAGGAGUGUGAUGAGGAGCUCCAGGACACCAUGCUUCUGCUGUCACAGAUGGGCCCUGACGCCCACAUGAGGAUGAUCCUCCGCAAACCACCUGGCCAGAGGACUGUGGAUGACCUGGAGAUUAUCUAUGAGGAGCUUCUUCAUAUUAAAGCCUUAUCCCAUCUUUCUACCACAGUGAAACGAGAGUUAGCAGGCGUUCUCAUUUUUGAGUCUCAUGCCAAAGGAGGGACCGUGUUGUUUAACCAGGGGGAAGAAGGUACCUCCUGGUACAUUAUUCUAAAAGGAUCAGUGAAUGUAGUCAUUUAUGGCAAGGGUGUGGUCUGCACCCUGCAUGAAGGAGAUGACUUCGGCAAGUUAGCACUAGUGAAUGAUGCCCCACGAGCUGCCUCUAUUGUCUUACGAGAAGAUAAUUGCCAUUUCUUGAGAGUAGACAAGGAGGAUUUCAACCGGAUCCUGAGGGACGUGGAGGCGAAUACAGUCAGACUUAAAGAACAUGACCAAGAUGUCUUGGUGCUGGAGAAGGUCCCAGCAGGGAACAGAGCUUCUAAUCAAGGAAACUCACAGCCUCAGCAAAAGUAUACUGUGAUGUCAGGAACACCUGAAAAAAUUUUAGAGCAUUUUCUAGAAACGAUACGCCUUGAGGCAACUUUAAAUGAAGCAACAGAUUCUGUUUUAAAUGACUUUAUUAUGAUGCACUGUGUUUUUAUGCCAAAUACCCAGCUUUGCCCAGCCCUGGUGGCCCAUUACCACGCACAGCCUUCACAAGGUACAGAACAGGAGAAAAUGGAUUAUGCCCUCAACAAUAAGAGGAGAGUCAUCCGCCUGGUUCUACAGUGGGCUGCCAUGUAUGGAGACCUCCUACAAGAGGAUGACGUGUCUAUGGCCUUUCUGGAGGAGUUUUAUGUAUCUGUAUCAGAUGAUGCCCGGAUGAUUGCUGCCCUCAAGGAGCAACUGCCGGAGUUGGAGAAGAUUGUCAAGCAAAUCUCAGAAGAUGCAAAGGCACCACAAAAGAAGCACAAGGUUCUUUUGCAACAGUUCAAUACAGGUGAUGAGAGAGCCCAGAAGCGCCAGCCUAUCCGUGGCUCUGAUGAAGUUCUGUUUAAGGUCUAUUGCAUGGACCACACCUACACAACCAUUCGGGUGCCAGUGGCCGCCUCGGUGAAGGAAGUCAUCAGUGCCAUUGCCGACAAGCUGGGCUCUGGGGAGGGCCUGAUCAUAGUCAAGAUGAGUUCCGGAGGAGAAAAGGUGGUGCUCAAACCUAAUGAUGUUUCAGUAUUUACGACGCUCACCAUUAAUGGACGCCUGUUUGCUUGCCCGCGAGAGCAAUUCGAUUCACUGACUCCCUUACCAGAACAGGAAGGCCCAACUAUUGGAACAGUGGGAACUUUUGAACUGAUGAGCUCCAAAGAUUUAGCAUACCAGAUGACAAUUUAUGAUUGGGAACUCUUCAACUGCGUGCAUGAGCUGGAGCUAAUCUAUCACACAUUUGGAAGGCAUAAUUUUAAAAAGACCACAGCAAACUUGGAUUUGUUCCUGAGGAGAUUUAAUGAAAUUCAGUUUUGGGUCGUCACUGAGAUCUGCCUUUGUUCUCAGCUAAGCAAGCGUGUUCAGCUAUUAAAAAAAUUUAUUAAGAUAGCAGCCCACUGUAAGGAGUAUAAAAAUCUGAAUUCCUUUUUUGCCAUCGUCAUGGGACUAAGUAACGUUGCUGUGAGCCGCUUGGCACUAACGUGGGAGAAACUGCCAAGCAAGUUCAAGAAGUUCUAUGCGGAGUUUGAAAGUUUAAUGGACCCUUCAAGGAACCACAGGGCCUACAGGCUGACGGUUGCUAAGCUGGAACCUCCUCUCAUCCCCUUCAUGCCUUUGCUCAUUAAAGAUAUGACAUUUACUCAUGAGGGGAACAAGACAUUCAUUGACAAUCUAGUAAACUUUGAAAAAAUGCGCAUGAUUGCAAAUACGGCCAGAACAGUGAGAUACUACAGGAGCCAACCCUUCAAUCCUGAUGCAGCUCAAGCUAAUAAGAACCAUCAGGAUGUCCGGAGUUAUGUACGGCAAUUAAAUGUGAUUGACAACCAGAGAACUUUAUCACAGAUGUCACACAGAUUAGAGCCUCGUCGACCAUAGACAUUUCAAAUGCCCAGAGCAACAGUCUGUCUCCAGUCCACAAUCUUUCAAAAAUGCCAUUUAUGCUACUACUGACUGUAUUGCCACUAGAGAAUUCCACAAAACAAGCAAAAACACAUCCUGAGACACCUCAGGGCUGCAUUCAGCUUACCAGCUACCUGGCAAGAGAAGGAAUUAUUUGACUUGCCUAAAGCUUACACACUCUAGCUUAGGAAUCCCCAGUUUGUGGUUACCCUGUUUCAUUUCCACUUCUGCCAUCUUCUCUGCUGAAGUGUUGAAUAAGGCCCACGUGCAGAGUUUGGUAGAAAUACCCUUGUCAAGAGAACUAGCAAGCCCCUGACAUUUGUUUCUAAGAGUGUUUAUGGGAUGAGAUGUGCUACAAAUGGGAUAGAUUUGGAUAAAAUUUUAACUCAACAUCUUGAUUUGGAGCAUGGGGUUUGGGGAAGGUGUUGAGGAAUCUAUAGAAGUCCAAAUUAUAGAUUGUAUUCUUCCAUCUUCAUCAUCUUACCUCUGAAGGAAUAGAGCCUGACCACAUUAUUAUGGAACAUUAUGGCUGUUUAUGUAAUUUAGGGAGGACUGGUCUGUAAUUUCUGAAUGAUAUAUAGAAUAAUAUUUAUGUUUACAAUGUAACUUUUCAAAAUUUACAAAUCAGGAUUAUAUACAUAAGAAUUCCACUAAGAAAUGUCAAGGUUCUUAAAUUUGCCAGCGUUAAAGUAGAAAAUAAUAUUUCAGAAGAGCACAAUAUGCACAAAACAUUUUUCAAAAUUGAAAUAUUUUCCUGGGCAUUAAAAACCCUUGUACUGUUGGCUACAAAUUUAUUGUACCUGAUGAAAAAAUAUUUUCUGGACUUAAAAGUUAUUACAAAUAUCUUAAUUUUCAGCAAUUGUUUUGCACUUUCAAAGAUUGUAAAUAGUUCAUUCAAUCAAUGGUAUAGAGUUAUUUAUUUGCUACAUAAUAGAUAUUGUGCCAAAUAAUUACUUUUUAUUUAUUUUAUUUAGUAUGUAAUUUUGAAGUACAUUUUUUUUCCUGUUUUCACAAUUAGACUACAUUUAAUGUGUAGGAAUUGUAUGUAUGUAUAUCUUCUGUAAAUAACAUCUAGUAUCUUCACUAAAUAUAAUUGUUGACAAGAAA